AGAUAAAAAUGGCACACUUUAUUGAGAUUAACAACAGCUUAUAUAUGUUUUUACCUAAACAACCGUGCUGUCAUGUCCCACCCUGAUUGGUUUGCACCAGAUAACAUUGUGCCUUAUUUGGCCAUUUCCACAUUCUUUCCCAUCUUUCUUCUUCUCCUGUUUUCUCUGCAUCAAGGUCAGCACGAUAGCACUGUCUCUCUAUGCUUAGGGAGAGGCCUGUCCCAUACAUCCCGUACCCCCGCAAGACACCUACUACAAUAUCUCCCCCUCCCUAAGCUAAAUACUACUUACACACACGCCUAACCCGUACAUCGCGAAGCAGCGCAACACACCUAAUCCUAAAUAUAUUUCGGCACACUAUUCCUACUACUUUUCUUCUACAAUUCUUAAGCAAACAUCAGAGCAACAGGGAAUCCUUUCCCGUGCUCGGCCAAGCCUCGCCCCGUUACAGCACGAACGCAACAGCCUAAACCCUUCUACAACCUUUCUCGCAAUCUAUGAUACUCAAUCUGAUAGUCAAAAGUCUUUUCCAUCAUUCGUUGAAGGAAGUUCUGCAAGCACCAUACAAAGCAUGGAAGAUAGAUUAGAAUACACACAAAGAAUGCAAACCCUAUCGCGAAAACCUUAAGUGGUUGCUUUAACCAUGAACCCGUUCCCCCAAACAGUCCAUCCAGACAGCUCCCAAAGGGAUCACGCUCUUCUUUAAUCUUCUGCCUAUGUUCUUGCGUCCAUUGUAGUUGUUUGUGACACGCUGUGAUUACUCAGUCUCUUCCCAGGCUAGCUUAGCUGCAACUUCAGCUCCUUCUUUGUGCAUUCAUAGCUUCAAGGUCUCCUAGCCUGAGCUGUGCACGUAGCGCCCAAGCUCAGCAAGUUCUUGCUUCCUGAGCCAUCAUAGCAUAGCAAGCUAGUACUUUUCCAAUGGUAUCUCCUGCCAACUAUAAGGCCUGUCCUGCUCGUACAACCGUUCAAGAGACCCGUGGCCCCCUUGGCUAUCGAGCCAUUCCUCAACAAUUCCCCUUUUUCUUUUUGUAUGAGCCAGGUUGUAUGAAUCGCAUCUUGAACCAUCUUUUGCUAGCGCUACAGUAAACAAAGCAUGAUUAUCAGCACACCAAUCACUAUCUAUAAGAAUACACUAGAUUUAUGUUACACACUUCUACAAAGCAUUCCUUGUCAGUGGUCUAACAGUAAAGACUAAAUAAGGCGCACUGUAAAAUACAAGGCAUAAUCAGUAAGAAUCCAAUCAAUAUAGAUAACAAUAAACAUAGUUAUUUAAAAAUAAACUUCCACCAUCCACCCAACCCAAAGUUAAUCGGGGAAUUGGUCCUAGUCACUUAUGAUUGUGUACAUCAUACCAUAGUCCGGUGGCUUUUUCUUGACAUCAUUUUCGUCUUGUCUGGAAACCAUAUGUUUUAAUAUAGGCACAGUAGGCAGGGAGAAAACCGAAAGAUUGUAAAUAUUCAUACCAGACAGACCCUCUCAAUCUGAUCACGAGUUGUCUAGCUUGUACACCUGGCAUGCGUGUGAGCAAGCGUUAUAAAGACCACUGGCAAACCCUGCCGAACCUGAGGUGUUUUGACGGUGGUUAGUGGCAAGGAACCAUGGGUUCGUGUAUGACAAAAGAGCAGGAGGCGGAUUGCCAAACGGUGGCAGAUUCCAUCACCUACAUAUGGAACCCAAUUUACAUUGUCUCAACCGGGAGCAGACGGGGGAGUCGAUCCACACAGAAGGAGGUGAGCGCCAACAUCGAGCUGCAUCUCGAGCAGGAUUGGUACCACGGCAAGCUGGGAGCGGGGUGUGGUGGGCGGCACAUCGCAGAGCAGCGGGUGAUGGAGUACUGCGCUGAGAUGGAGGCACCUGAUGGCUCCUUCCUGGUCAGGGAGAGUGGGACAUACGUCGGGGACUAUGUUCUGUCCAUCUGGUGGGAUGGAAAGGUGCAGCAUAUCCACAUCCGUUGGCAGCAGGACGCUGACGUUCAUAGGUUCUUUUUAACGGACAACCUAGUAUUUGACAGCCUCUACGACCUCAUCACCCACUACAAAGAGAUGCCGAUGAGGUACAAUGGACUCGAGAUGAGGUUGACAGAGCCGGUGCCUCGGCCCAAUGCUCGCAGCAACACGGACUGGAAGCCGCGGGACGGCACAAGAGAGACGGGCCCGGCUUCAGCGCCAUCGAUGGCAGGGCAGAAUGGAGGAUCCAGCACUGCCGCACGCACUGACAAGAGGGUCACGUUUAAUAAGGCACCGGACCAAGUGCAUAUUGUCUAGGUUCAUCACACGCAAUAAAAGUUCUUUUUCUGCACUAAUAACGAAGCCCAUGUCUAAUUGUCACAGGUAAACCUUUUUCCUUUUUGUCUUCCUCAGCUUGCAUCCUUCUCAAACUUUUAACUUUCCAAACUCUCAUAAUUACAUAAACUACUAACGUUACAUUUCAGUUUCACCUCCUCCUUUUCGGAGAUGUCCAGUGCUAACACUGGAAUUUCGGGUUUCCUAGAUCUCUGCAGACGAAGGCUAUUCUCACUUCCAGUGCCCUAUCCUCUCCACCUCCCCCCCUUUGCAAGUAAUGCUAUUUCUAACAGUAGUCUGUGAUUCUGGCACUCUCUCUCUCUGUGAGCUCUGCUCGCAGGGGAAUGGCACGGGGGAGGGCUGCUCUCAUGCCAGUGUAGAUAAACUCACAUUCUCUUUAACCCUUUUCCUUUGUCCACUAUUCAUACUCUCAGUUACACUUCCACGUACCCUCAACCAUGCUUCUGUUUACCAUUAGCAAUUACCCAUACUUAUACCAUCAAAACCGUUUGUCCCAUUCCCUUCAGAACCCACAAAUCAAACAAUACAGUUCUUCAGUUUCCAUAAACACCAAGUACUUCGUCUCGUGAUUAGAGCACUCAAUUAUAAAACUGUUCACGUUACUUCAUUUACCUUCCCUCCUUAAGAGUAACAAUAACUGAAAGAAGGUAUGUUUACAAAAUCCUUAUUGAUUCCUAAUUUCCUCCAAGUUUCCGCAAACAACCCUUAACACCAUAUAGUGAUAUUGUUCAGUUAUAAGCACUUGGGAACAGAUCUCACAGAAGCCUGUCCACCUUCCUUUACACGCUUCCAUGCAAUCAGAACACAGUACUACAUAAACAGGCUGACACUCAUUCCCUGAAAGGAACGCGUCUCACUCACACCUCACUCACUCUGAUAUUUAGAACAAAAACCAUGGUUUAUACAUAAUCCACAAUGCUGACGACAUCUUUUAGCUUGUAUCUUAAUAACACUAGUGCAUUAGUCAAUUAGUUGCAAGUCGUACCCCAGCGGCAAUCUAACCCGUGAGCUCACAUACCAAGGGGGGGGGAGCAGUCAGGCACGCUCCUUCAUACCCUGCGUAGGACGUCUCCUCACGCCUUACGGGCACCCCCUUUUCUAUACACAUACCUGAUACACCAAUGGAUGGUCCUUGUCUGUCCCUGCUGUGAUCGGGCGAGGAAGGGAGACCUUCCAAGAAAUCUUGGGGCGCGCCAAAGGCGUCCCCUCUCUCAACCGAUCCCACAGCCAAACAGAGCGGGUCCACUCUCAUUGCCAAAUUGGCAUGCAGGAAUCAGACCCUAUAUCCCGUAAGGAUAUAGAGCAGGCAUGUGUCUAUUGAUGUCUGUUGAUGGUGCAAGGGGGAUCACUCCACCUAACAUGCACACCGUCAGGAGAAAUUGUGCUGUAGAUACAGGUCAAACUAACACAUAAUCAGUAGUUGACAGGAAUUCAGAUACAUUUUCAUUACGUCCCUGAAAGUCCAUUAGCAUGCAGUAUAAUGAGACAGAAGACCAGAGGGCAGCGCUGGCGCAGUUCUCAUAAUUUGCAGUUGCUUGCAGCUUGUCUCACAGCACCUGGCACAGUGGUCUCUAUCACAGCUCCGCAUUCCUUUUGCCUACUCCCAUCGUUGUUCGGUGUGAGUCAGUGAUCCAUAGCAGCUGUUUUGCUCACGGUGACCCAGGGGGAGAUAAACAUGAACUCCCUGGCCGAGAGCAGCACUCGAGGAUAUUAGAGGACCCUGUCUCCGCAGGAGUGGCUAUAACUUUGGGUAGCAUCAGCAGCCACUGUUGCCCUGCCCUGAAGGACUCUGUUCCAUAUACAGUCCCCAAUUUAGCACCAUUCUUUCACUACAAAAAUGAGCGGAACUCGUUACUAGCGUAGCUAGGUCUUUGUCCUUCGCUGUCUCCCCUCGCUUAGCGAGGAUACUGAAAAGCACUGUCUGUGCUGCUACAAAUUCCACAUCUUCCUACCCAAGUAGGAAGCGGCUCCGACUCCUCUCGGCCCCUGCAAGAAAC